CCGACCAUGUGGCCGCCGGAGCGUCUCGGCUCGGGACGCAGCCCUCCGCGGCUCCUCUGGCUGCUCUGGCUGCUCUACUCCGCUCUCUGCGCGCUCGGAGAUUGCCUUUUUGUGACCGAAUACUUCACCCGAACGCCUCGGAAACUGAAUUCGUUCAACUCGUUCGCCAGCGUGGAACUGUUUCACUUCAAUGUGCCUGACGACACCAUGAUGGCCGUAUGGAACCUCAUCACCUUCAAGGAGCAGGGGGGCACGUUCGGAGACAGCUGCCCGAACCGCAACGUGACCGUGUACUUCAGGUCCGGCGCUCCGCCAGUAAUCAACCCCCUGUACACCAGCUUCCCGCGGGACACCGUCGUCCCAGGAUCCUUCGCUGUGACUCUGACCUGGACCCUCCCGAACCGCACCACAGGAGCGUUCAACGUGACCAGCCCGCUCCCCGGGGACUGGUUCCUCGCGGCGCAUUUACCCAAGGAUGAAGGCAAGAUCUCAGUCAAGGGGCUCUCUGAAGAAUGCCAGUAUCUGUUCCAACCUCAGCUCAUCGUCCAGAGGCUGAUCGGGAUUUCAGUUCUCUAUCCAGGAUACUUCAUCGACCAGAUGAUCCCCAUCCACAACAGAUCUGUACUUUAUAAAGUAUUCAUCCCUAAUUAUACAUCGAAGGUGAAGGUUCAGCUGGUAAACUGCAGCACCAGGAACAAGAGCGGCGACAGUUGUCCCGUGGUGCUAAAGAUAAGAGCCCGGGCGCCGCCGGUUCAUAACUCAAGUGCCCUCGACUGCCGGGAGUGGAACCCGUGUGAAUUAGAUACGCUGGAUCCUGCCUGGGAACAGUGGUACUACAUCCUGGUGGAGAGAUACCUGAGCAACUCUGACGUCUACUUCCGCAUCGGGGUGCAGGUCACAGAUUGCUCCAAGCCCAAUUUGUCCAAGGACCGCGCUCAGCCCGGCUCCUCCAUGAACAUGCCGCAGUCCUUCGGCGUAGCGAUGGGUUUCUCUCUGUCUGAGACUCUGUCUGUGGCGACGCUGCCCAGCCUGCAGCAGAACGCCAGUCACCUGCACACCUCGGAGGACAGCAUCGUGUACCUCGCCCCCACAGCCGACACCAACCAGUGCUGGCCCAUUCGCCCGACCCUGCGUAACGAGCUGGACACCUUCUCUGUGCACUUCUACGUCUUCUUCGGGCCAAAUAUAUCGGUCCCGCCCGACCGGGCCGCCGUGUUCGCCAUCAACCUGAUGCCGGUGUUAGACAGUGGAGGAGUCCUCAACAUGGAGCUCAAGCUCAACGUGACUGCGCUGAGGGGAGCUAAUGUCACGGUGUUCGGCUGCUUGAAUCACGGGACGCCCCUCUUCUUACGAGGCAACUCAUCACUGAAAUGUGAAUCAGAAUCGGUGUCCGGGUUCUUCCUCUCUGUGAACGCCUCUGCUAACAUCACCAAGCUGAGGAUUCCCUACCCACAGACCGGAACCUGGUACCUCAGCCUGCGCUCCCUGUGUGGCACUGAACACGGAUUUGAGGCGUGCACCAAUGUUACAGCCGAGGUGUACAUGCGCUCGUACCUGACUCCCUGCAUCAACGACUGUGGCACCUACGGACAGUGCAAACUGCUGCGCACCAACAACUACCUUUACGCUGCAUGUGAAUGCAAAGCAGGUUGGGAAGGCUGGGGCUGCACAGACAACUCGGAGGCUUACACCUACAGUUUCCAGCUCCUCUCCACGCUGCUGCUCUGUCUCAGUAACCUGAUGUUCGUCCCGCCCGUGGCCAUCGCCAUCCGGAGCCACUACCUGCUGGAGGCGUCCGUCUACAUCUUCACCAUGUUCUUCUCCACAUUCUACCACGCCUGUGACCAGCCGGGGAUCGUGGUGUUCUGCAUCAUGGAGUACGACGUGCUGCAGUUCUGUGAUUUCCUCGGCUCGCUCAUGUCGGUGUGGGUCACGGUCAUUGCCAUGGCGAGGCUGAAGUCCAUCAUUAAACAGGUGCUGUAUCUGCUGGGGGCGAUGUCUCUGUCCAUGGCGCUGCAGCUGGACCGUCACGGUCUGUGGAACCUGCUGGGACCCAGCCUGUUUGCUCUGGGCAUCAUGGCCGUGGCGUGGACCGUGCGUACCGUCCGUCGGCGGCGCUGCUACCCGCCCACCUGGAAGCGCUGGGCGUUCUUCCUCUUCCCGGGCACCAUGAUCGCCACGUCCGCCGUGGCCCUCUACGCCUUCGUGGAGACGGAGGAGAACUACUUCUACAUCCACAGCAUCUGGCACAUGCUGAUCGCCGGGAGCGUGGGCUUCCUCCUGCCGCCCCGCGCCAAGACCGACGCCAAGGUGACCCCGCUGAAGCGCAGGCGGGGCUGCGGCUAUCAGCUGUGCGUGAACGAGCACGAGGAGCUGGGCCUGGUGGACCCGGCCAUCAUCUCCAUCAACAGCAUCUGCACCAGCUGAUGACCUCCCAGCCUUUGACCUUAGAGACACGUCAUUGCCUUCUUUUACUUGGGGAAUUCACACACGGGAAAUUAAGCCACAGAACUUCAAACAGUACUGUAAAUACGUCGAUGCGUAUGUGAAACACUGAGUUCCUUUUUUCUUUUUUCUUUUUGUUCUGUUGUUAUUGUAAUGGCUAUGGUUACAGCUGUAAUUAUUAUAAUCUAUAGGUAAAGUUGUUCUGAUGAGUCGUGGGUGUACAGUGACACACUGUUGUUUGUGAAUAUGUAUUUAAAGUCAAAGCUGAAACACUGCUGCUAUCUGACGGUGACUGUAAAACUGCUUCUGUUGGUUAUUUAUUGGCGGUCUCGUUAACGGGGGCCGGGUAUUGUACU